CCUGGUGUGAGGUGUUGGUUUUGGUCUUUUAUUCCCGUGACCGAGCAAUGGCUUAUCGCAAUACCGCAGUGCGAGAGAAAGCAGUGAUAAGAAAUUAUCAGGGAAUGAACAUUGGUUAUACAGAACAGGUGGGUUUUUCCUGUAACAGCCUGAUUCAAAAGCACGAGGGUGACUGGGACAACCGUGUCUGUAUAGGAGUGAUGAAAUUUGCCAAUACGACUCUGACAAGACGAUGGCUAGAAAGUGAUCACCCGUUCCGUCAGCCGGACUUCCUCGGUCAGGUUGAUAUAAUUUUGGUGCCUCUACAGAAAAAUGAUAUGAGCCACAAAGGCAAUAACUGUGCAAUUAUGUAUCCUACUACUUUCGAACCAGGUUAUCCCAUCCUCGAAAUUACCAGUUUACAUGUAAGCUUCAAAGAUUUAUACGAAACGAAAUAUCUGCCAGAAUUAGAAUGUCUCGUUCAACGUUUCGGUGGAGUUCCACUCGUCGUGUGCCAGAACGAACCAUGGAUAUGGCGUGCAGUUGAAAAUCCGGGAGCGAUCAUCAUCAAUCAGUGGCCGAAUUGGGAUAGUUAUGAAAAAUAUUGUGCCAGAGGUGAGUCCUUCAGGUUUCUUGACAGUAAUCUCGGAAUUUUAUCCUCACCUUAG